AUGGUGAACCUAAUGGGAUGGUAUAAGAAGGGAGAGGCUCAUAUAAAUAAAGAAGUUCUUCAAACAUUUGAUAAGCCUCCAUUUUUGGCCAGUUUUGAUGCCAAUUCCUGCAGGAAUCUCCCAAUUUGGAAGACAGAGAAGGCUCGUCGCCUACAAAGCUCUUCACACUACAGAGAGAACGAAGCAGAAAAGACUAUGAUUAAGGAUGACAGUACCAUAGAUGUUUCCACAUCUGAAGAGGCUCAGAGCUGGAAAAGACAGAUUCCAGGAUUUAGAAUCAAGGACACCACUGGUGGAUUUCUGAGCACAAAUUCAAGCAUUCCAGUCUUCAAAAUGGAACAAACAAUGAAUGGAACUGAUAAGACCCCUAUUCGAAUAGGUAACAAGGAGACCCUAAUCCUGGAAUUGCUGAUCUUCAUGGUGGCCUUGGUUGGGUUACCAGGAAACAUGACUGUGCUCUACCUUCUGAGCUUCCACAUGCGCAGAAACGCCUUCUCCAUCUAUGUCCUCAACCUAGCGGGAGCCGACUUCCUCUUCCUUUGCUGCCAAGUAAUUGUGUCCAUGCUGCUUUUAUUCGAUUUCUUACAUCUUUUCUCAAUCCCUUCCCCUACGUACAACAUCUUACUCACUGCAUCAGCCUUUUCCUAUACCGCCGGCCUGAGCAUGCUCAGUGCCAUUAGCACUGAGCGUUGCCUCUCCAUUCUGUGGCCCAUCUGGUACCGCUGCCGCCGGCCCAGACACCUGUCAGCUGUGGCAUGUGCCCUGCUGUGGGCCCUGUGCCUUCCUCUGAGCAUACUGGAAAUGAACGUUUGUAGCAUCCUGUUUAGCCAUGAUAACAAUAACUGGUGUAAAAUCUACAACUCCAUUGCUGUAGCAUUGCUGAUCAUUUUGUUUUUGAUGCUCUUUGUGUCUAGCCUGGUUCUGCUGCUCAGGGUCCUCUGUAGCUCACGGAAGUUGCCACUGACCCGGCUAUAUGUGACCCUUCUGCUCACAGUGCUGAUUUUCGUCCUCUGUGGUUUGCCCUGUGGCAUUUAUUGGUCCCUCAUAAUGUGGAAGAAAAAAUUUUCAUAUGAUUGCCCUCCCCACUCUUACCUUAUUACACUUCUCCUGUCCUGUGUUAACAGCUCUGCCAACCCCAUCAUUUACUUCUUUGUGGGCUCCUUUCAGCGGCAGCAGCGAAGACAGACCCUCAAACAGGUUCUCCAGAGGGCUCUACAUGACACCCCUGAGAUGGCUGAAAAUGGAAGCAGCUUUCCUCAGGAAACCUUGGAGAUGUCAGAAAGCACCUUUGGACCCUGA